UCAUAAUCACGAUAGUUGAGCUGUCACGACCACCUAGUUGUGAUUAUUUAUUUGGUCGAUCGUACAGAGUAAUACCUUUCAUGUAACCAAUCGAAACUUUUCUCUUCCCAAAGCCAAUCUCCAGAUUUUCCGGUCACAAGGAGGAUGUCAGUAUUUACAGGAUCAAGUGAUGUUUCUCGGAGCUUGUGGCUGGCACAAAAUCCGAGCAAGAGAUGGGGAGAGCUCUUCUUCCUCUUCUACACUCCUUUCUGGCUUACUCUCUAUUUGGGAAUCAUUGUGCCUUACGAGCUUUACGAGACAUUCACGGAGUUGGAGUAUCUGCUUGUGGCCUUGGUUUCAGCUGUUCCUGCUUUCUUGAUACCAAUGUUAGUUAUUGGAAAGGCCGACAGAGGCUUAUGCUGGAAGGACCGUUAUUGGGUUAAGGCAAAUCUCUGGAUAAUUAUUUUCAGCUAUGUGGGAAACUACUUUUUGACUCACUACUUCUUCCAAGUUCUUGGAGCGUCAUAUACUUUUCCGUCGUGGAAAAUGAAUAAUGUGCCUCACAACACAUUCUUCAUGGCACAUGUUUGUUUCCUCUUUUACCACGUUGCAUCCAACAUUACUCUUCGAAGGCUACGACAUGCCAUUUCUGAUUUACCAGAUUCUCUGAGAUGGUGUUUUGAGGCUGCAUGGAUACUGGCUUUUUCUUAUUUCAUUGCGUACCUAGAGACUGUUUCUAUUGUAAAUUUUCCUUACUAUGAGUUCGUGGACCGAAAUGCCAUGUACAGAGUUGGAUGUUUGUUCUAUGCAUUAUACUUCAUUGUGAGCUUUCCAAUGUUCUUCAGGAUGGAUGAGAAAUCUAGUGAUAAAUGGGAAUUGUCACGUGUGGCUGUUGAUGCUUUAGGUGCUUCUAUGUUGGUAACGAUCAUUCUAGAUCUAUGGCGUCUUUUCUUGGGACCUAUAGUUCCCCUACCGGAGGGAAAAAGUUGCCUUCAGUCAGGAUUAGUAUGGUUUUCCAUUGAAGGUUGAAAGAUGGCUCUUUCGACCAAUUUGGGGACUCAAAGAUAAGCCUGCACGAGAGAUUCCAUUUGCACUUUACAAAACUGGAAAGUAUAUGAUGUAGGUUUAUGGAAUUGGAUGAUCUUAUUAGUAUGUGCA